AAGCGGGAGUGAAAGUGGCUUUUUAACACGGAGAGAUUAUUAAUUUAGAGUACGUACGAAGUGGCAUUAAAUAGUUGUUGGGUAGCUACUAACGGCCACCCGUUUGGUCUUGAGAUAACGAAAGCAAACGUCCGUCCCUGCAUCCCCACCUCUCCAACUCUCCCCUCACUCCCGCAUUUACUCCCUUCCGCCGUUCUCAUAAACCGUUAAUUUCAGCGGCACCGAAAAUUAUUUCUCUUUCAUUAUCUCCUCUCUGUAUGUUUUUGCCGCCUUGGCCGGAGAUAGAGAUGGGUUCCCGGCGAAGGAAGCUGCAGCUGACGAGGCCCGACCCGAUUCCGGCCGGCGAAAAACAUUGCACUAGAUUCUGCGAUCCGAGCAGGAACUACGACGGCCUCUGCCCAUUACUCUGUCUUCCUCUCUGUUUCUCCACUUGCAAGCAGACCUUACUCUUGCCUCAACGUCCGCCCCUCCUCCCGCUUCCACCGCCGCCGGACUUCACCGCCUCCUCCUCCGGCGUGCAUACCGUAAGCCACUUUCGGGCCCCCGUCGCCCUCUCCAUUCUCGCCGCCGUUGCCGUCUUUCUCUCCAUUACUUUCUUCCUGGUGUACUACUACACAAUUUUGAAGAGUAGCGCUGGUGGCGGCGGCUCAAGAACACCGCCAGCGGAGGAGGAGCAAGAAGAAGAUGGCGGCGUAGAAAGGUUGAGCGACACGGUGGUGGAGCACCCGAUAUGGUAUAUCAGAACCGCCGGUCUUGGGUCAUCUAUAAUCAACCGGAUCACUGUUUGCAGAUUGGAAUUGCAGGAGGAGAACAAUAUUAGUGAUAAUACUAGCAGAAGAGAAGAUGAGAUGACGGUUCUUGAUCAUGAUGAAAACUUGGAAGGGGAUAGAGGUGGUGUUGUUGGAAAUUAUGAAGUCAUCCAUAUGAAUGAAGGAGGAAAUAGGAGGAUUAUUAUGAUUAGAAGAUCAGCUUCAAUGGAGUUUUGUGCUUGUCUGAAGAAAUCUUGUUCUUUUUUAUCUUCAUCUUCUUCAGUGAUUCAAAAUUCCAGAAAUUGCUAUCGUCUUCUCCGCAUCCCAAUGGCGGCUGGUGCUGCUCGCUCCGUUCUGGCCGCUCUCACUCGAAAUGCUCGAGUCGGAGAGAGAGGGAUCUUAAGAUCCUUCUCGUCUACAACUACCAUCGAAAUCAUCUGCGACGAUUCACCGGACCGGGCGGUUGCGGAGAAGGAUGUAGACGGCGGAGGAGGAGGUGAUGAGGAGGAGGAAGAAGAAGUCGACGAUUUGAAAGCUAGAAUCUUUAGGCUGAGACUGCCCAAAAGAAGCGCCACGCACGUCAUUCAGAGAUGGGUGGGCGAAGGGAGAUGUGUCACCGCCUCCGACCUCCGCCACAUCUCCAGAGAUCUCCGCCAGUCCCGCCGUUACAAGCACGCCCUCGAGAUAUCAGAGUGGAUGGUCUCUAACAAUGAUAAUGAGAUAUUGGACACUGACUAUGCAAUUCGCAUUGACUUGAUGGCCAAAGUUUUUGGCAUCGAUGCAGCAGAGAGAUACUUCGAAGCUCUCCCACAAACUGCGAAAACCACGGAAACAUACACUGCCCUCCUCCACUCAUUUGCAAGCUCAAAACUAACCGAUAAGGCCGAGGAACUCCAUGAGAGAAUGAAGAAAGAAAACAUUUCACUCACUACCCUCACUUACAAUGAGCUGCUGACUCUUUACAUGUCUGUUGGACAGCUAGAGAAGAUACCUCUGCUCAUCCAAGAGCUGAAAUCCCUGAAUGUUUCGCCAGAUAUAUUCACUUACAAUUUGUGGAUCAGCUCAUGUGCCGCGUCUCUCAAGAUUGAUGAAGUUAGACAGAUUCUUGAUGAAAUGAACUCGGACCAGGGAUCUAAUGAGUGUUGGCAGAGAUAUGCAGAUCUUGUGAACAUAUAUAUCUCAACGGGCCACCUUUUGAACUCGGAAGCCAACUCUCUGGUUGAGACCGAGAAGGGCAUUACACAAAGGGAGUGGAUAACUUACGAUUUCUUGAUCAUUCUAUAUGGGGGGCUUGGGGAUAAAAAGCAACUUGACCAGGUUUGGAAAUCUUUGACGAUGACGAAACAGAAAAUGAUAAGCAGAAACUACUUGUGCAUCAUUUCAUCAUAUCUGAUGCUUGGACACAUUAGGGAGGUGAGGGAAAUUGUGGGUCAAUGGAAGAAGUCAUGUGGCUUGGAACUUGAUAGGUCAAGCUGCAGUAGACUGGUAGAUGCAUAUUCGAAUAUUGGGCUGAAUGAGAAAGCUGAGAAUUUCCAUAACAUUUUUCUUGAGAAGUUCCCCGACAACUUGUAGCCGAAGCAUUCCUCUCCUGACCCUGGUUUUGAUUGAGCUUACCGGUAUGGUUUGGUUUUUCACGCUCGAUUUCUGUGUCCUAUAAUGACAUAACUUAGGGGGUGUUUGGCUCAUCAAAUGUAACAUUCAUUUCCUAGGUUUUAUGUAAACAAGUGAUUUAUCAGAACCUUGUUUGGUUCGUGUAAUUUUGUUUAUUGGUACCGUAAUACUCCCUCAGUCUCUAAAAGAUCUUCUUGCAUAAACUUUCAUCGUACAAUUUCACUAGUUUCCAAAGUGAAAUAAGUGGAAAUGUGAUUU